AUGUCGCCAAGCACUACCUCCAUCCUCUUCCACAGCCACAGCCACAGCCACAGCCACCGCCACCACCACUUCCCGCCCGGCGCCUUCUCCGGCCGCCUGGAAAGACUUGGGCUGUUUCGUCGAGAACCCAUACGCCCCAUACGUCCUCGCGCAAAACAUGAACCCGAACCCGAACCCGAACCGCCGCCGACGCGCGGCCGGGGCGAUGCGAACCUGACGAUACGCAAAUGCAAGGAUACUUGCUAUCGCAACUCUUACAGCUACGCCGGCGUUGAGCAAGGCAACCAGUGCUGGUGCAGCGACUAUCUGAACGACGUGGAAGUUGGCAGAAGGUUUGGCGCAAGCCUUGCGCAAAACCAGUCCGACUGGAAAGUGCCCUGCAGCGGCGAGCCGACCGCUUUCUGCGGCGGAAAGGGGUUUGUCAACGCUUUCAUGGCUGAGGAUAACGACGAGAACGCCGUGUUGGAAACGCUGCCGCCACAGAUCACUUCUGCGGUCUCCACCAGCACCUUGAUUAGCGGUAGCAGUAGUAGUAGUACUAGCUCUGGGGCUAGAAGGAAUAUGGCUUUGUUCUGGCGAUAG